GCAGGUGACGGACAGACUCCCAUCCCAGCGAUGCUGGCACAGCGCUACUUUAUCACAUAUCUAUUGAAUUUGGGAACAAGAAAUUGAACAACCGGAUGGAGGUAGUUUAGAAACACUUAAAACCUGGCAGAAAAAAUGACCAACAUACUCCAUGCAGCGUCUAAAGUGAAAUGGAAUCGGGACACUGCGGCGAAGCGAGCUGUCUUUCUUGUGGCUGCAGCGUACGGAGUGAAAACCCUGUACCCCAUCAUUUGCAAGCAGAUCAGUAAACGCAAAGACCCCAAGAACAGCACAGCUGGUAAAGUAGAGGAAAAUGGACUGACACCGACGCACAAAUCUUCAUUAGAAACUGUUUCUUAUCACAACAAAUCACCUGGUGUAAACGCGGAAUUUUUUAAGCAGAUACUUGAACUCGUAAAAAUCGUAUUUCCGAGGCUUUUGACCAAAGAGCUCGGACUGCUCUGUUUGCAUUCGUUGGCUCUGAUUUCAAGGACGUUUUUGUCUAUUUAUGUCGCGGGCUUGGAUGGCAAAAUCGUUAAAACAAUCGUGGAAAAGCAGCCCCGCAGCUUCAUCAUCAAACUGAUGAAAUGGCUCCUCGUCGCCAUCCCGGCUACCUUUGUGAAUAGCGCUAUCCGUUAUUUAGAAUGCAAGCUUGCGCUGGCCUUUCGCACCCGACUGGUUGACCAUGCCUACAAAACGUAUUUCACCGACCAGACCUACUAUAAAGUUAGUAAUAUGGACGGGAGGCUGGCGAAUCCCGAUCAGUCGCUUACGGAGGACGUUAUGAUGUUUUCGCAAUCUAUUGCACAUUUGUACUCAAACCUCACCAAACCCAUUCUGGACGUCAUUCUCACAUCAUAUACACUGAUCCAAACGGCUCGGUCCCGGGGUGCGAACGCCACUGGGCCCACCCUGCUGGCAGGACUUGUGGUAUUUGCCACUGCCAAGGUUUUGCGAGCUUGUUCUCCGAAAUUCGGAAAGCUUGUUGCUGAGGAGGCGCACAGGAAAGGAUACUUGCGUUAUGUACACUCGAGAAUAAUUACCAACGCGGAGGAGAUUGCUUUCUACAGGGGACAUAAGGUUGAGAUGCGGCAACUACAAAAGUGCUACAAGGCCCUGGCCGAGCAGAUGUCCCUCAUCCUUUCCAAGCGCCUGUGGUAUAUUAUGAUCGAACAGUUCCUUAUGAAGUACGUGUGGAGCGGAAGCGGCUUGGUUAUGGUCGCGGUGCCCAUCAUCACCGCUACCGGCUUCGCUGACAAUGAACUUGCUGACGGCCAAACUCAAGUGUUAGUUAGUGAGAGGACCGAAGCUUUCACAACUGCACGUAACCUCCUGGCCUCUGGGGCAGACGCCAUCGAGAGGAUCAUGUCCUCCUACAAAGAGGUCACAGAGCUGGCUGGAUACACAGCCCGUGUCCACAACAUGUUCCUGGUGUUUGAGGAGGUGCAGAGGGGGGUGUACAAGCGUUCAUCUGUCUCUGCAAAGACAGCCACUGGGGAGAAGUCCAGAGGGGGGAGCCCAGAGCUGCACAUCGAAGGUCCCCUGGAGAUUAAAGGGAAAGUCAUCGAUGUGGAUAAGGGUAUAGUCUGUGAGAAUGUGCCCAUUAUAACCCCAAAUGGGGAUGUGGUUGUGUCCAGCCUGAACUUCAAGGUAGAAGAGCGCAUGCACCUGUUGAUCACAGGUCCUAACGGCUGUGGGAAGAGUUCUCUCUUCCGCAUCCUCAGUGGCCUCUGGCCUGUGUAUGGCGGCCUGUUGUAUAAGCCUGCUCCACAGCACAUGUUCUACAUCCCACAGAGGCCUUACAUGUCUAUCGGGACACUGCGUGACCAGGUCAUCUACCCCGAUUCCCUCGAGGACAUGCAUGAGAAGGGCUACAGAGACGAGGACCUGGAAGGCAUCCUGGACAUCGUUAACCUCAACCACAUCGUCACCCGGGAGGGAGGCUGGGAGGCAGAGGUGGACUGGAAGGACGUGCUGUCGGGAGGCGAGAAGCAGCGCAUGGGUAUGGCUCGAAUGUUCUACCACAGGCCUAAGUACGCCCUGCUGGAUGAGUGCACAAGUGCUGUCAGCAUUGACGUAGAGGGCAAAAUAUUCCAAGCCGCAAAAGAUGCCGGGAUCUCCUUGCUGUCUAUUACCCAUAGGCCCUCUCUGUGGAAGUACCACACCCACCUGCUGCAGUUUGACGGCGAGGGCGGUUGGCGCUAUGAACAACUGGACGCGGCCACUCGCCUCUCUCUGACUGAGGAGAAGCAGCGUCUGGAGUCGCAGCUAGCUGGCAUUCCCAAGAUGCAGCAAAGGCUCAACGAGCUCUGCAAGAUCCUGGGUGAGGACUCUGUGCUCAAGACAGCCGAGACCGAGGAGGCGGAGUGAGAGGCGGAGCUGCAAUGGUGUUUAGCGUCACAAGGAUGUCGAAAAGGAACAUACAGUGUUUAUUUUAAAGCAUGUCACUUUCUAAAAAUGUCACUUUAGGUCUCUAGCUCAGUCUGUAUUGUUUAGGUUUUUAUUUUCCUUUGUUCUUUUUUUUGUUUGUUUGUUUUUUAAAAGUUAUGAUAGUGUAUUUUGAUACUUCUAAAAAAAUGUGCAAGAUGGCAACAUUUUAGGGUUUUUUAGUAGUUAUUGAUGUAUGUUAUAUACGGUAAUAGUGACAGUUCUCAUUAUUUCUUUUUGGAAAUAUGUCUAACUGCUAUGAUGCUAAUUUGCAAGGGGUUUUCAUUUCUUAUUUGGCAAAUAUGUCUUGUGGUUACUGUUUUUUAAAUUUUUUUUUUUUUACUUGAUCCUGAACAUCUGAGCCCCAUCCUAAAAUCUAACAGAUUGGGGUUUUUUGCCCUUAGUUGGAAAUCAGCUCUGGGUCACCUGUUGUUAGAUUCCCUUGCGUGUUAGCAGCUAGCUUUGGAUUUCUCUGGGUUUAUCAAGACCAUAUCAAUACUUGAUCUCCCAGUCUGCCAUGAUUGCCGCAUUGCGAUGCUUUCCAGAGAUCAAAACAUGGCAGGUGUGCAGGGCUACGCCUUUCUGCACAUGCUCAGGAUAGCCGAGGCCGAGGAGAGGGGGCGAGGGGCUGAACCGCGCGCAGUUUUAGUGUCACACAGCAAUCAAAGAGGAACAGACACCCACGUACAGUGUUUAUUUUAAAGCUCCACUCCUCUCUCAGCCCCAAGAACUUCACUCUCAUCCGUGUACAAUGCCCAUCAAAAGUCUGAAGUCUAGGAGUUCAGAAUGAGCCUUUUUUUGGUCCACUUGCAGUAAAGUAGCAUAUUAUUAACAAGGUUUAUUUUGAGGAAAACAAUAUCACAUGUAAAUGUUUGUGAGAACACCUAAAACCAAACUACAUGUUGAUGAAAUAAACUCCCUUAGCGCCUGUCAUGUCCUGGUCGGCACCGAGGCAUCCACCCACGCUGGUCACCAAACUGCACCCACCGGUCACACUCCCCAAUCACUUCCCUGAUCCCAGCCACCCACUCAGUUCAUUGUGUGCACCUGUUUCUUCUUUUCUUAUCCCUGUUUAUUCCUGUGAGUACUUAUCCUCAGGGCUUCCCGUUACCCUCCGCAAACGUCCGUACCACAUCAAUCUUGAGUUUGUGUUGCUUCCAAGCCUGCAUCCUGCCACUAGCCUCUGGGCUUGCAUAGUUACCUGGCAGGUUCUUUGUCUUAUUCACACUCUUUUCACACGAUCUUCACUUAGGAACUCACUCAGCCAGCGUGCUUUGUUGUUUCCUGUUUAACUACCCUUCUAUGUUAAUGAAACCGUUGCAGGUUGUUGUUUUUUUUAUUAUUUAUUCUUAUUUCUAAUAAUGUUCUAAUAUACAAUGGUCUGGUAUAGAAUAAAAAUAAUGUUCUAAUAAACAUUUCAAAUGGUGGGG